AAAGUUCAAAAUUUUAAUGAAGUAAUCAUGUUAAAUAUAGAGAGACAAAGGACUCGUCGAAAUCGAUUGAUAUCUAGAAAUUCUUCAAGAUAUAAUAAUGUUGCGUAUUAGCUUUUUUCUAAAAUGGAUGUAAAUAGUCUCUAUUUAGCAAUUGGCUUUUCUAUAUGCAAAUCUGACACCACAGCUGUCUCAGCGCAUGCUGAGUAUCUUUCGAAAGAACUUAAAUAUAACCUCGAAACAAACGAAUGCAUAGACACGUGUCUCGAGGAAAGACACAAUAAAAAUUCUUGGGUAAUCAUGGGAAUAUGAAAUUGGAAGAAACAGUAAUUUGAAAUGUCGUGUCUCUUUGUUAAAUUUGUGCUUGGCACUAGCAAAUUCUUGCAAAGAGGAAUUGACUUGAGUCGUAUAACAGUCAGUGCAUGUCGUACAACUUCUUGGAGCAGCAUCUUCGUGAAUCGUAUGCUGCAACCUGGCGUUGCAGCAGAGAGCAGUCACGAAGAUGAGAAUCGUAGAACAGAGAAUAAUGUUAACAAGCAAAAAUUAAUUUUGGGAACUGCAGCUGCAUUUUUUGGCCUCUUUGGAAGUGAUGAAAAGGAAGAUGAUAAAAUUCCUGACCUUAUAAUGGCCAUAAAACGCUCCAUACUUCUUAUACAGAGGGAAGAUUUUAAGAAAGCUGAACAGAUGCUUCACAUUGCACUGCGGCAGGCACAAACUUUGCAACACUAUGAAGCUAUCACAUAUAUUUAUGACAUUAUGGCAAAUUUAGCUUUCGAUGUUGGUGACUAUCAAAAGGCAGAGAAACUCUUUGUGUCUGUCAUGCAGAGGCUUAUAUCUACUGGGACACCUAAAGACGAUAUGAAAAUUAUUCAUAUAAGUCUAAAAAUGGCAAAAAUCUAUCAGAUGACUGGUGACAUUCAGAAGGCUGAAGAUGGCUUUGAUUUCUGUUUCAAAAGUUUACAAAAACGCAUUGACUCACAUAAAGAGGAUGAGGAUGUCAUCCUGUUAUGGGCAAUGACACUUGAUUGGUACGCACGACUUCUUUUCGAACAAUCUCGACACACAGAAGCUUUGAAUAGUUUCCUCAAAGCCUACGAAUUAUGCGUAAGGAUAAACGGCCGUGAACAUGAACAAACUGUAGUUUUACUCAAUGAUCUUGGAACCAUAAGUUCCCUUCGUGGUGAUGACGAUGAGGCGAUUGAUUACUUAUCAGAGGCAGUUGAAAUCGGAAAGAAACUGCCUGAUAUGGUAGAUCUGGGUUCUAUUCAUGUAAAUCUUGGAAACGUAUAUAUGAAGAAAGGACUUUACGAAGCAGCUAAGAAAUCCUGUCAGGAAGGAUGGAAGCUGUCGAAGAAUCGCAAUAACGAAGAAUCCUUGACAGAAGCUAGUAAUUGCCUUAACGAAAUAAAACGGCUACUGUCCUAAUCUGAUAUGACGUCGGUUAUUACCUCAUUUAGACAAAUUUAAUUCGAUGUAUUUAUAUAUAUUUUAGAAUAUUUUCUAGUCUUGUCGUAUUUUAGUGUUUUGUUUUUAUAAGAAAACAAAAAGAACAAAAUUUAUUUACUAAAUAUAUAUAUUGUAUAUACUGAUAUUACGUCCAAAUACAUAGAAAUAACAAGUUA